CGUGCGCGAGGCCCAGAUAUCGACAGCGCAUACGUGCCCAUCACACGUCACCAGAGCGCCUCCCAGAAAAGCGCCAGAAACGCGCAGCCAGCAAUACCCAAAAGAGAGCAUCUCAGAGGGAGAAGCCAAAAAAUGCUGCGCGCGAUAACCGUCACCGCGGCGCUGGCCGCCGCUCAAACACCGUACCCGAAAGGCGCCUACAAAGGCCAAGACAAGUUCUUAGGGCAGAAGAUCGGCGCCGAGCUGACCGUGAAGAACUCGACGCACCUCGACAUCCAGCUUUUUGGAGCUCUCGGCAUUUCGUGCCAGGACGAGCCCUACACCUUUGCGGAUGACGAAAUUAAGCUCACCGCCACCUCUCCGGACGACUGCCUCAUAAAAAAGCUCAAAAAGGACAACGCCGAGGUGACCUCCGCACCUUUUGAUGCGACGAAGAACGCCGUCACGCUCAACGUCGCCGUGCAGCUGCCCGGUGCGUCGAACGGGGGGCAGAAGAUCCCCUUCUCGUUAGAACUGGACAGCGAGGCCACGAAGGUGAAGGCCAUGUAAGUGUAUG